AUGUCGACGGCUACGAUAAGACUUAUGCAGCCUGAAAAUUUGGCUGAAGUAACCCGUUUGGCAGAGAAGGAGUUAUGGAAUUACAGCCAGGAUGUUAUUAGGGCUCUCUUUGAAUACAGCCCAGAAGGUUCGUUUAUUGCUGAGCUGCAGGGGAAAGUUAUAGGUGUUGCAAUGGGCUUUAACCUGAGUGAAGAGGAAGCGUUUGGAGGAAUGUGGAUCGUCUGCAAGCAGCAUCGUGGACUGGGUAUUGGUACAAGGUUGCGGCAGAAGGUAGAAGAGUACAUUGGGGAUAGGAACCUUGGCAUAUUCUCCGUGGCAGAAAGAGUGGAGCCCAACAAAAGAUCAGGUUUUACAGUGGAAUCAUGGAAAGUACGCCAUGUAUCCGGUACCAUCGCGACAGAAAAGAUAAAGUUGUCAGAAGAUUGUUUUGUAUCUACUUUUCCUUCACAAGGUGUGCAAUUUGAUGCCCUGAUUCAAUAUGACACCAAAAUACACACUAUUGAACGUGAAAGGUUUCUAAGAGUGUGGAUUGAGGGGGAAUCGACCAUAACCUUGGUUGCUAUGAGCAAGGCAGAUGAAAUUCUCGGUUACGGCGUCAUAAAGCGCGAUUCUAACAAUACUAUCCUCAUUGGCCCACUUUAUGGUGAAACCCCCGCCAUUAUAAAAACCUUACUGGUCAGCUUAAUGGGAAAGACUACUUUUGGUGAAACUGUGGACAUGUGGGUACCUGUUGGGAGCGAAAUUUUGCAAGAGUUGCUGGCUGAGAAUAAAAGCACACUUAAAGUUCAUGCGGACGUGACCCGAAUGUUUUACCGUCAUGACGUGAAGGUUCCACAGGAAAAGAUCUUUUCAAUUGCGUCAGGAGCAGUAGCUCAUCAUUGUUGA